CUGGCCCAAGAACUCGUUCAUGGAUGGCUGCAAGUCCUGAGUUCCCAUCUUUCCAGGAUAGGGACUGCCGGGUGCCGGUCCCUAACGAUUUCCUUAUAUCGACUAACUAACGUGGCCACGCCAAACGACAAUACCCACACAGAAUGGAUUCCCUUGUAAAAGCACACAGUAUAGACCGUUUCAUCCUUCGACUUUUUCCUAAGCCGUGAGUGUUUUGCGCGGAGCCUGGGGCGUUUUAUCUCGCAUUCGACCUGAUCGCCAACACACGGACGGAAAUUCAAUGGCGUGCGCACGUCUUCCCAAUACCCAGGAUCUGCACCCGCAAUUCUCCGUGCAGUCUCCGCGGCAAUGCUCACUCGCCAGCUACUUCGAAACCAGUUCUCCGUCCAUCUAUCAACACAAAUUCGGCGGCGCCGGCGUCUCUUACUUCGCAUACUUCACCGGCGCGUCUCUGUAUAUCAUGGCAUCUGUUCUAUUAUGCAUCACAUGCAUUCGGCAUUUUGCACGUUUCAAGACGGUUGAGUUGCUAGGCGCUACUGCUCCCGAUUACGAGUACCCUUAUCUGUUGAUUGCUUCUGCCACUUGUAAUGCACUUCUUCUUACUUCUUCAUUCGGUUGUUUUGUUUUGUUGUCCAUUGAUGGAAAACUGUCCAUGACAGCGACAGUGCGAUAUCGGUUCAACAAGUAACAAAAAAUGGCGGUGUCUUUUUUUUCUUCUUCUUUUCGUUUUUUGUUGUUUGUCUUAGCUUUUCCUAGGUUGGAUGCGGGCAGGUUGGUGUGCCUUUGUUGGAGCUUGGGAGUAAUCAAGGGCAAAUCAAUCAAUAAACGGGAGGGGGAUUGUGAUGAUGGGAUGAGGCGUGUUUUUUCGAUACCUUGAGCGUUGUUUUAAUGUAUAGCCAAAGAGUGGAAGGGGAAGGAAGAUGGCGUCAUAGGCCACAAGGCCAAGCAAGAAUGGAUUUACUGUAGACUGCCUGU